UCAGUGUUUAUCUGGCAAAAUACUCAGCUCUAGCUUGGAAAGAACAACUUGCAACAUUUUCCACUUUAUUAAUGUUGCCAGUCAUCAUGGUUUUAUUCCCAGUUGGCCUCGGUCUGUUUCGAAUAAUACGCUCCCAAAGGAUGGGAAGAACAGUACGAUUUAGAGACAUUUUUGUAAUCAUGGGUUAUUUCCUGUAUGAUCCCGUGCUGUUUAACAUGCUGUUCCUUGUUAUUCAUUCCCAACUCUUUGCCUGGAUUAACAACACAUUUAAAUUAGAAUAUACAAUUCCAAUUACAGUGGCUGCUUUGGCAAUAUGUGCCUGCAUCAUUAUCAAGGAUUAUUUAUUGUAUCAUGAAGAAAAGCGCUUGGAGGGAUUUUACUAUUUUGUUCAGAAAAUCCUUUUGGGGAUUUUCUUCAUGCUUCAUCUAAUAAUAAGUUUCCUAUAUCUAAGUGCGAUUCUAGAAAAUGACAAAGGACAACCUGUAAAGAUCUGCGAGUUUGUGUUUGUCUACAUUCUGAGUGUCACAACACUCUUUGUAUUCUGGGAGCGGGGACAUUUAAUUGCCAAACCCCGUAAAUAUGUAUAUUUCUCAGGGGCUUUUUUUCUCCCCCUCCUGAAUUCUGUUGCCCUGGCUGUAGCAUUAAAACUCAAAGCAGACACAGGAAAACAGCCAUUGGAUCUGCAGCUGAUUGUCCUGAUUUCUGGGUCUGUCUUCCUCUUCUGCUGGUUUGUUAUACAGAUGUCUGCAUACUGGUUGGAUAAAAAAGAAAAAGCCCAAGCCGGGAGGUGUGAGGUGCCAGUGUGUAUUACCUGUAUAAAAGACACCUGUCCAUAG